UAACGUCGAAGGAGGGUUCACUUCCUUUUGGAUUCUUCAAAGCUGAAGGUUGUUUCUGUUUAUUUCUACGUUUUAAGAUGCCGGCGUAUCACUCGGCGUUAUCUGCUCCCAGUUCCUUGUGCAAGAUGGCGGUGCUUCCCAUCAACACGAAGUUCAAAGGCCCAGCUCCGCCUGGAGAUGGAAAUAACGAUAUCAUAGAUGAAGCGAUCUAUUAUUUUAAAGCCAACGUGUUCUUCAAAAGCUAUGAGAUAAAGUCUGAAGCAGAUCGUGUUUUGAUUUACCUAACGCUUUACAUCACAGAAUGUUUGAAGAAGCUUCAGAGGUGCUCUUCCAAAGAAAAUGGUAAAAAGGAGAUGCUGAACUUAGCAAUUGCUAGUUUUGUAAUUCCAGGAGAUGCUGGGUUUCCACUGAAUGCCAUGUACUCAAAACCAAGCAGUAAAGCUGAAGCAGAUUCUACUAGGGCAUACUUGACCCAGUUGAGGCAGGAACUUGGCCAGAGACUUCUGGAAUCUGUGUUUGAUCCACAGACAGAUAAACCAUCCAAGUGGUGGAUGUGUUUUGUGAAGAGAAAGUUCAUGGACAAGAGUCUGUCAGCUCCUGGGCAGUAGUAGUGCAAAGAUUGUGAGGAUCCUGGAAUGGGAACAGCAGUAACUUGUAAAGAUGAAAAAAAGUGGAAUUUGUUAAUUUUCAUGUUCAAAAUAAAGCCUUUUAUACUGAAA